CACAUGUGGGGCUUAUUAUUGUUUUAAAAACGCGCAAUUGGGAAAGCCAAUAUUUGUAGUGGAAGCGGUUUCGAAUACCAGUGUUUAUUUGCUUAUUAAAUAGUUUAGCUGGAGACUGAGCAUCUUCAAAGGAGGAAUUUUUUUUUUCCUCAGAACGGGUAUCUGGGGCUGGAGUGCUGUAUUAUUAUACACGACAAAUAUUUCCUCAUCAGCUUUUUAUUCCGGAGAACGCAUUUAAGUGACACUUCCCAUGCAGACAGCUUGCCAAGCUUCAAAGCACAGCUCUGCGAGGACCAAGGGGACUCAAGUCUACUCCAGUCAAAGCCAGAGCCCAGCGGGCAGCCAGGAAAGGUCUGGGCGAUCCUGAAGCUCACGGUGGGGCACUUUUCCUACCACAAUUGCAUCAGCUGCCCCAGGAGAAGGUGGGACUCUCUUUGCCCACAAAGGAAAUAUUCUAAAUAAUAAUCAACAGAUCAUGUUUUGCCUGUGGCUCUACACCACGUUUUGGGGCGUUGCGGGGAUGACCCCCAGGUGCCACCAAAGCACCAACACGUGCUGUCCUUUAGAACUGUGGGUGACACGGGGUGGGCAGAGAUAGCACAGCUCCACAACGCAGCCAUGCUGCACCACUGUGCCCCCAGAGCGGCUGCACUCUGCCAUUGCCCCGAGAUCCCGCAGACAUCACACAAACCCCUUCUGAGUGUCAACAAAGAACAGAGGGAAAGGCUAGAACUUGGCUUUGUGUUUGGUGCAGCUGCAACACAAUCGGCCUCGGGAUCAUCUUUCCUCCCAGCAGCAGGAGAGGUGAAGCUGUGCACGGGUACGGGGCGGUAACCCAACCCUGCAGCCCCAGAUAGGCGCUGCCGCCCGAGGGGACGCUGCUCCGGGAGCUGCUGCCCACGGCCAUGCAGGUGGGUGCCCAGGUGUGGGGUGUGGGUGCAGCACGAGGCUGCGAGGUGUCCCCUGCCAACUCAGGGCCGGCACUGGGUGGGGAGCAGCUGGGCCAGCAGCACCAUGGGGAGCAGGAGGGCUGAGGAGUGACCCUGGGAAGAGAUGGGGCUUGGUCCUGAGUGAUACAGCCCAGUUCUAUGGGGUAACAGUUCCCCUUUCCCCUCUUACCCCAUCUCCCAUGGUUCUGUCAGAUCAAGUAACAAGGCUCUCUCCAAAGAGGCAAACCGACCUUACAGGUCCUUCAUUAAUAUCUCAUGCCUUCAGUAACAAGCUAAAACAGGCAGAAAGCGUUCAAAUAUUCAGUUAUUCCUCAGCAUUUCCACAGGUGGAUGCACAGAGAUGAGACCUCUAACCUUCAGCCCAUUAAUGUCCACCUCAGCUUGAGCUCCCUGCGUACCACAAGGUUUGUAGGAGGUAAAAAGCUGUAGACUUUAUAAUAGACAUACAGAUCUACAAGGCACAGUUCCAUUUUCCCCGAAUGCAUCAUAAAACGUACUAUGGACGCGCUACGACACAAGAUCCUCAGCACCCAGGUGUGUUUCUUCCCCAGCUGUGCAGACUCCGGACCCACCAGUGGUGCUUCGUUCUGUUCAACGUCCUGCUGUUCCACAUGCUGCUUUUCGGGGCAGACCUGCUGGAGGAAUACUUCCUGCGCUCAUUACCUCUCUCUUACAGCGACGCAAAGACCCUGGAAAUCAGGGAGCGGGCCAGGAAGCUGGACAUGGCCCCGCUGAAGGCCAACCUCUCCGGGUCUUACGCUGUCAGCAGCGCAGCAACGUGCUCCGAUCAGGAGAUAUUUCUGCUUGUUCUCGUCUGCAGCAGCCCAGGAAACAGGACAAGGCGCAACGCCAUCAGGCAGACGUGGGGCAACGUGACGGACACCGGGGGUUACGCUGUCCUCACCUUGUUUGCUUUAGGAAAGCCGGCUUCGGCAGAAGCCCAGCUGGAGAUUGAUGAAGAGUCUCAAAAGCACAGGGAUAUAAUCGAGGGCAGCUUCAUCGAUUCUCCUGCGGCGCAGACGCAGAAGAUGAUGAUGAUUGUGGAGUGGGUGGUGACAUUCUGUCCUCACGCAAGGUUUACUCUUAAGACAGACGAGGAAAUGUUUGUCGGCAUUCCCAGCCUGGCCGGAUACUUGCUCAGCUUAACGCAACUCGAGGACGUCUACAGCGGGAGGGUCAUCCAUCAAGGGGUGCCUGACAGAGACCCCCAGAGCCCCGGCUUCGUUCCCAUCCAUCAAUACCCAGAAGAGUUUUACCCGGAUUACUGCGAUGGCAGAGCCUUCGUCAUGGCGCAGGACGUCGUGCGCAAGGUGUACGUGGCUGCCCAGGAGGUGCCGACUUCGGUGCCCACCGAUGUCUUUGUUGGGAUCUGUGCUAAGAAAGCUGGCAUCGCUCCCAUUCACAGCUCUCGCUUUUCCGGAGAGAAGCACAUCAGCUACAAUCGAUGCUGCUAUAAAUUCAUUUUUACCUCUUCCAACAUGAAAGAGGAUGAGUUAUUUAAGGACUGGAAGGAAACAAGCGAUGGGAAAGACUGCUCGCUCCUGGAAACGUACUACAGCCUGGUGUCCUGCCGGGUUCUGACCUAUAUUGAUAAGUUCAAACAGUUUAACUUAGAUAGAAUAAAAACCGAGGCUUUCCAUUUCUCUGAUUAAAAUUUAACUUUUGUGAAGGAAGCCUGUAUUUUCUUCCAACGCUUCUUCUUUCUUACCCUUCACACGUUCAGUAAUUUCCCCUCCAAGUUAGCUCUUUUCUCUUCAACAACAAAUGAAUUAUUAAUGUUAUCAUGUUGCAGUAGCAAAAGCAUUGGAUAUAUUCUAGCUGCGUGCCCUUGUACAUAUGUAUGAAGCAAAUAAAAAAAAGAGUGCUCAAAGAAACAUGGUCUGCAUCGAGUGCUUUCCUUUGUACACAAGAUACAGCACCAGCAACAUGUAAACCAUCUGGCUACAGUAAGAGUGCAUUGGCGUGUACUGAAUAGAUGUGGAUAACAAGGGGUAAGAUCCGAGCUCCAAGCUCAACAAAAUGAAGUGCACGUGCAUACAAAUA